AUGAUCGCUAUCGGUGGCACCAUCGGCACGGGUCUGUUCAUCGGUAGCGGCUCCACGCUGGCGUCGGCUGGACCCGCAGGAUCUCUGGUUGCGUUUCUGUUUAUAGGCUCUAUGGUGUUUUUCAUCUGCACGUCGUUGGGCGAGAUGUCGACAUUUAUCCCGACAUCCGACCCAUUUAAUCACUUUGGAGCGCGGUUCCUGGAUCCGGCCUUGGGGUUUGCCUUUGGGUGGAACUACUGGUACUCGUGGAUGUUGACAGUGGGGUCUGAGCUAGUAGCUUGCGGUAUGAUUGUGCAGUUCUGGCUUCCAAACCUGACGGGCGUCAUCUGGAGCCUUAUCGUGCUGGUCGUGAUUUUCCUCCUCAAUGCAAUCUCGGUCAAGGGCUACGGCGAGUCUGAGUUUUGGAUGGCCGCGCUCAAGGUGCUGACAGUGUUUAUCUUCAUUAUCGUUGGAAUUCUCACAAUCACUGGUGUUACUGGCGGCGAUUUUAUCGGCGCGCGCAACUGGCACGUCGAAGGUGCGCCCUUCAAGGACCAUAUUGUGGGCAUCCUCAAGGCGUGCAUUGUCGCGGCGUUCUCAUUCCAGGGCACAGAGAUCGUUGGCGUCACUGUCGGCGAGAGCGCUAACCCGCGGCGCGAUGUUCCACGGGCAAUCCGCUCAGUGUUCUGGCGCAUCCUAUUUUUCUACAUCUCGUCGGUUUUGAUUAUCGGUUUGAUCAUUCCCAACAACGACGAGAACCUGGUCAACGCAGUUGGUGUCAGUGACAUUGCCAUUUCCCCCUUUACCCUGGUGUUCCAGAAGGCUGGUGCUGACUGGGCUGCCCACAUUAUGAACGCCGUUGUGCUUGUCACUAUUCUGUCGGCCGGAAAUUCGGGCUUGUACGCCAGCACGCGCGUGCUGUGGGUGUUGGCCAACGAGGGCAAGGCGCCGCGGUUGUUCCGCAUGAUCACCAAGAAUGGCGUGCCCCUGUGGGCUCUUGUGUUUACUACGCUGUGGUCAACCAUUAUUUUCUGCAUCUCGCUUGCAGGCAACCAGAAGGUGUACUUGUUCCUCAUCAACCUGUCGGGUCUCUCGGGGAUGGGCUUCUGGGUUGGUAUUGCCCUGUGCCACUGGCGCUUCCGCCGUGCAUAUGUUGCCCAGGGCUAUGACCUUGAUGAUCUGCCAUACAUGGCCUCAUUGUUCCCCUUUGGUCCCAUCUACGCAUGCUGCCUGCUCAUCAUCAUUAUUAUCGGCCAGGGUUACGGCACCAUCUGGCCCACGUUUGAUGCACUGUCGUUCGUCUCCACAUACCUGGCGAUUCCGCUGUUCUUGAUCUUUUGGCUUGGAUGGAAGUAUUACAAGAAGACGAAGUGGGUCAAGCUCAUGGACAUUGAUCUGGUCUCAGGAACGCUGAUUGAGCUGGAGCGUGCCGGUGAUGUUGAGAUUUUCCCUGCCGACGGCCCGGGCGUCUGGAAGAGGUACUUCCGUUGGAUCCACCGCAAGUCAGCGUAG